AUGUCCAUAUCAUUACUGUUUCAUCAGGUUUUAGAUCUACAGCAGAAGGUCGAAAAUAUCACUGUCUACGUUCCUAAGCUGGAUAGAUAUGCUAGUCUUUCGGAAAUCUGCUACAAGCCACUGGAUCCCGAUUUCUCGGCAUGUGCUCUCUUCAGCCCAUUGGAAUACCUCCAGACUGACGCAUCCAAGCUCGCUUCUAAGGUAGGAAUCUUUCAAUGUUUCUGUCGCAAGCUCAGUGACGAUCAUUUUCAGGCUGAGGCCGUAAUUAUUACGUUGAUGACCAAGAAUUUUCUCGACCACGAUUCUGACCUGGCAGCAGUUACAUUUGCCUGGGAGGCUGCCUUCAUUGAACUUGUACGUCAAUGGAAACUGGAGCAUCUCAAAGUCAUUGUCAGUUUCAAGGCUGAGCGCUCGGUUGAGGAUGAAAUCGAUCGACAGUCGCAUUCGGAUAUCUCAACAGUCCUCAUCAGCUACGUUGUCAUGUUCGCUUACGUUAGCGUCUCGCUAGGAAGCUACCAUAGCUGGCGGACAAUUAUGGUAAGUAUUAGCGUAUCUUGA